UUGGGAGGGAGGCGCGCGCUUGGCCGCGCGGGGCGGGGCCUCUACCGGCCAGAUGGAGCGCGCGGGCGCUGCCAGGCCCGGGGGCCAAGCGCCUGGCUUCUUACUGCGGCUUCAUACUGAGAGCCCAGCCGAGGCGGCGCGGGCGGGGGUGCAGGAGCAGGACUUACGGCAGUGGGGGCUGACAGGGAUUCACCUACGCUCGUACCAGCUGGAGGGAGUAAACUGGCUCGCCCAGUGCUUCCAUUGUCAGAAUGGCUGUAUCCUGGGAGACGAGAUGGGCCUGGGGAAGACCUGCCAGACUAUUGCUCUCUUCAUUUAUUUGACAGGAAGAUUAAAUGAUGAAGGACCAUUUCUGAUUCUUUGUCCCUUGUCUGUUUUGAGCAACUGGAAAGAAGAAAUGCAGAGAUUUGCUCCAGGUCUUUCCUGUGUAACAUAUGCAGGCGACAAGGAGGAAAGAGCCUGCCUUCAGCAAGACCUGAAACAGGAGUCACGUUUUCAUGUGCUACUGACUACCUAUGAGAUUUGCUUGAAAGAUGCAUCAUUUCUAAAAUCAUUCCCUUGGAGUGUUCUUGUUGUGGAUGAAGCUCACAGGUUGAAAAACCAAAGCUCCCUGCUGCAUAAGACCUUGUCAGAGUUCUCAGUAGUCUUCAGUCUCCUGUUGACUGGAACUCCCAUCCAGAACAGCCUCCAAGAGCUCUACUCCCUCCUCAGUUUUGUGGAGCCUGAUCUCUUUUCCAAGGAAGAAGUGGGAGAUUUUAUUCAGCGCUACCAGGAUAUUGAGAAAGAGUCUGAGUCAGCAAGUGAACUGCACAAACUCUUGCAGCCAUUUCUGCUGAGGCGAGUGAAAGCUGAGGUAGCUACAGAGCUUCCCAAGAAGACAGAAGUAGUGAUAUACCAUGGCAUGUCAGCAUUGCAGAAGAAAUACUACAAGGCCAUUUUGAUGAAAGACCUGGAUGCAUUUGAAAAUGAGAUGGCAAAGAAAGUUAAACUACAGAACAUUUUGUCCCAGCUUCGAAAGUGUGUGGAUCACCCAUAUUUGUUUGAUGGUGUGGAGCCGGAGCCUUUUGAAGUUGGAGACCACCUGAUUGAGGCUAGUGGGAAGCUUCACCUGCUGGAUAAGCUACUAGCAUUCCUGUAUUCUGGGGGCCAUCGGGUUUUACUUUUCUCCCAAAUGACCCAGAUGUUGGAUAUUCUCCAAGACUAUAUGGAUUACAGAGGCUACAGCUAUGAGCGUGUGGAUGGUUCUGUGAGAGGAGAAGAGAGACACUUGGCCAUUAAGAACUUUGGACAGCAGCCCAUUUUCGUUUUUCUUCUGAGUACUAGGGCAGGAUCAUAUACUGCGCGUGGAAUCUCAGCCAUUUUCUCAUGUGAUCAGUUGCCUCAGGGUGGAGUUGGCAUGAACUUAACAGCAGCAGAUACUGUGAUUUUUGUUGACAGUGACUUUAAUCCUCAGAAUGACUUGCAAGCAGCUGCCAGGGCUCAUCGAAUUGGCCAAAACAAGUCUGUUAAAGUUAUUCGGCUGAUUGGUCGAGACACUGUGGAAGAAAUAGUCUAUAGGAAAGCAGCCUCCAAACUGCAGCUCACCAACAUGAUCAUAGAAGGAGGCCAUUUUACUCUGGGAGCCCAGAAACCUGCUGCCGAUGCUGACUUCCAGUUGAGUGAGAUACUCAAAUUCGGUUUGGAUAAACUGCUGGCCUCUGAGGGGAGCACCAUGGAUGAAAUAGACCUGGAGUCCAUCCUGGGAGAAACCAAAGAUGGCCAGUGGGUCUCUGAUGCCUUGCCUGCAGCAGAAGGAGGGAGCAGAGAGCAAGAGGAAGGAAAAAAUCAUAUGUACUUAUUUGAAGGUAAAGAUUAUUCUAAAGAGCCCAGUAAGGAAGACAGAAAAUCAUUUGAACAACUGGUAAACCUUCAGAAAACCCUUUUGGAGAAAACUAGUCAAGAGGGCCGAUCACUCCGAAAUAAAGGCAGUGUUCUCAUCCCAGGCCUUGUGGAGGGAUCUACCAAAAGGAAGCGGGUUCUGAGUCCAGAAGAGCUGGAGGACAGACAGAAGAAAAGACAAGAAGCAGCUGCCAAGAGAAGGAGACUCAUAGAGGAGAAGAAGAGGCAAAAGGAAGAGGCUGAACAUAAGAAAAAGAUGGCCUGGUGGGAAUCCAACAAUUACCAGUCCUUCUGCCUGCCCUCUGAGGAGAGCGAGCCAGAGGACCUUGAGAAUGGGGAAGAUGAGAGCUCUGCUGAGCUGGAUUACCAAGACCCAGAUGCUACCUCCCUCAAGUACGUUAGUGGUGAUGUCACCCACCCUCAGGCUGGGGCCGAGGAUGCUCUCAUCGUGCACUGCGUAGAUGACUCUGGCCACUGGGGCAAAGGUGGUUUAUUUACAGCUCUGGAAAAGCGAUCCGCUGAGCCAAGAAAAAUAUAUGAGCUGGCUGGGAAAAUGAAAGACCUGAGUUUGGGAGGUGUCCUUUUAUUUCCUGUUGAUGAUAAAGAAUCAAGAAACAAAGGGCAAGAUUUGUUGGCCUUGAUUGUGGCUCAGCAUCGUGAUCGCUCCAAUGUCCUGUCUGGCAUUAAGAUGGCAGCCCUAGAAGAGGGCCUGAAGAAGAUAUUUUUAGCAGCAAAGAAGAAGAAAGCAAGUGUUCAUCUUCCACGUAUUGGACAUGCCACGAAAGGUUUUAACUGGUAUGGUACUGAGCGACUUAUUCGGAAACAUCUGGCUGCAAGAGGCAUCCCAACUUACAUAUAUUAUUUUCCUAGAAGCAAGUCUGCUGUCCUUCAUUCACAGUCUUCAUCUUCCUCCUCAAGAAAGCUGGUGGCUUAAAAUUGGCCCAGCCUUAGAUCCUGUCUUUAGCAACCAGCUAAUAUUUACCCAGAGGUACUGUAAUAGAGUAUUUCAAAAUGGAAUCAGGAUCUGGUGGGCCUCAGAAAUUGUCUCUUUUCUGAGUUUCAAUUUGGUUCUCCUGGAUGUUUUGCUGUGUUUUGGUACCUGUAAUAUAGGGAAACACAACUUUUUUUGGGAAAGCCCUUUGACCCCAGCUUACUAGUUGCAUAAUAAUAAAUUUUCUAUUCCUAA